GAGCUCAGAAUAUCGACAGAUACGACACAACAGCAACUACCCUCUAACGAGACUUAACUUUAUCCGCUGUUCGCUACUCGGAUUCUAUUCGCUUGUGGAUUAUAACUAUGACUCUGGAAGAGAUGCAAGGACAAGAGACAACCAUGGAGAACACUGACAGGGUGCAAAGUGCAGGCACUGAGCUGGAGGAGCUGCUCCUCGCCGCUAAAAAGGAAGACUAUCUGACAGUCGGAGUUUACGAGUCUGCAAAAGUCAUGAAUGUUGACCCAGACAGCGUGGCUUUCUGUGUGCUGGCCACAGACGAAGAGUAUGAGUGCGACAUCGCGCUGCAGAUUCACUUCACCCUCAUCCAGGCUUUUUGCUUCGAUAACGACAUCAACGUGGUGCGUGUGAACGAUAUCGACCGCCUCGCAGACCUCGUGGGCGCCGAUGAGAGUGGGGAGCCCAAGGACGUGCACUGCAUUCUAGUCACGAGCCCCAGUGCCAGCCCAUGGAAGCACUCCUCUUUGGAUACUCUGGGGAUGUUUUGUGAUGAGAGACGCAGCGUUUAUGACUGGGUACCGGCUAUCACCCUGCCUGAACGCUGAACUGCACAAUACCUUAACAUUGUUGAAGAAAUUCCAAGAGCUUGAGGCGUAGAUCUUAUUCCGCCUAUACUCCUGUCUGGAUUAAAGAGGUUUUGCCGCGAGUGUGUGCCCAGUAGCAGCGGCCUCCUCUCCCCGGUGCAUCCAGGGACAGUGACAGGCGCAUGGGGUCCAAGCUAAGGUCGUGUGAGGACCAAGAUGGAGCAUAAUGGACACUGAGAAGGAAGUGGUGGAUUGGUGUCCUGAAUGAAGGGACCAAUAAGCAAGCAAAGAGGACACUGCAAGAGAUGAGAAGGUGGACUUUGAAAGGAAUACAGACAUUUGGAAAGAAUAUGGACAUUUAAGUUUCUUUUUGCAAAUCAGCCAACACUAGGCUACAUGGAUGGAGCAACCAGAGACUGAUCCUGAUACAAGCUGUAUACAUGGACUAUAUUUUUCUACUUAAUGAUGCAAAAUCAAUGCAUAAAUAUUUUAUUGAUUGUAAAGCUUGAAAUUCUUUCUUAAUAAAUACUGAAAACGAA